AUGCUGGAAGCAUUCAAGAUUAGGGAAUUCAAUUUGGAGCCCAUCUACGAGUCUUGGGAUAACCCUCCCAGGUUUUACGGCGAGUCGAAGAAGGACAUGCCCGUUGACGACUUUCUGCGUCAGAUCAAAGCUGGCUGUGCCGAACGGAAGGUGCCAGAGGAGUACUGGCACAAAGUCGCUCAACACUACAUGGGGGAUAAGGCGAAAGCCAGACUCCAGGAACUCAAGAGCGUUAUGGCGAAAGUAAAUGGAGGCAAAUAUCGCUGGAGCUGGAAGAAGUUCUCGAUUGCGAUGCGGAACAUGGGAUGGGAGAUCGAUGCCAACAUCACAGAGACUGUUCAGCUUCACUCCAAACCGUCAGGGAUGUUGUGGCUUACCAGAAGGAAAUCCACGAAAGACAAGGAUGGGUCGCACAAGGAGGUGACUUCUUCCGAAAUCGUGGAACUUCAGCCGCCCCUGCCGUCUAAACAAGGACGGCCAAGCCCGAUGAAGAUGCUUUCUGAUUCAGCGCUCGUCGCCGCGGCUGCAAUGAGGCCUCGCAGGUCACCGAGCCGCGCGAACUCCAUGGCCUCUACGCUGACCACCACCACGGUUUCAUCCAACCAUUCGGUUUCGUCUAACCACACGGUGACCUCCGACCACGCGUUAACCUCCAACAAUGCGGUAACUGCCUUAUCUCCACCAUCCGCUGACGGCACUGUCACAGCUAUAUCGAACGCACCAACAUGGCUCCUUAAUGCGUGCAACGCGCUCAAUUUCCUGAGUGCGGAACACCCACGAGCUAUGACGACAUUGAGUGCUGUCCUCAUUACAGCAGGGACCCUCCCUGCAAUCCCUGCAAUCAGCGGAGGGACUGUCCUCGCUACUGGCGUCGCUCAAGCAGUUGGCGCCAUAGCUGUGGGUGUCGGAAACUUGCUCAAGGCUCAGCAAGAAGGUCAGGUACAACAACCAAGUGGCCCGCACCCACAACCACCAAUACGAUCAUCUACCUUCUGACCAUGCAGGAAGAUUUUUUUGUACUUAUCUGUUCCGGUGCAUUCAGGCUCGCUGGACGAGCUUGUGGACAAUAUGAACAUAAACCGCAAAUACUAUCUAUACCCUUGCAUCAUCCCCUCACAUACAUUGCAUUCUACUGAUUUCAAAUUUCGAGAAGUCGAUAGCUAUAUCUGUUCGCUUUACAUGCCGACGCAUCAUGUAUAUCAUGUACAGGACAAUGUAACACCGAGAUCAAGGGGGAGCAAUUAAUAUUGCUUGUGGAGUUCACUGAAAUUUCGCGGCUACAGUAAGAACAUUACGAGGUCAAUGAUCGGUAAAUUCCUCUUCGACGAUAUAAAUAGUGAACUUAUGAUGAAUGUAGCACGCUUUGUCAAGCAUCGAGUUCCACCAACCAACAAGCCUUCCAAUAAGGUAAGAUGAAAGGUAGUGUCUCUUGUAGCCCCA